AUGGCCGAGCCGGCUCCGUUACCUCUGACUUCUGAGGAUGUGACCGUUUAUUUCUCCGAGCAAGAAUGGCGGGAUCUAGAGCCAUGGCAGAAGGAGCUUUACAAGCAAGUAAUGAGAACCAAUUAUGAGAUUCUUGUUUCUCUAGAUGAUGGACUUCCCAAACCAGAACUAAUAUCCUGGCUUGAACAGGGGAGAGAACGCUUCAGGAUCUGGGGAGAAUCACAGAAAUCAGGAAACAUAGUUUGCACCUCUGCUGAUUUGCAUUUGGAUCCAGUUAUUGAGGGACAACUGUUUGUGGGAAGCCAGCAAGCUGUGAAACCAGGAGAAGCCCACUGCCAUUUCCAAGUAGAUCCUCUUCAGAGCCAGCGUUCCUCUGAACCCUUAUUAAAAGUGAAGGGAAAAAGUGAAGAUGUUUCCUUCAGGCCUGACCAAGUCGUCGCCCUCCUGAAUCCACAAAGACAUGAUACUCGGGCUCUAGUUCCAGUAGUCCACAGCUCCAGGGAACCCACCCAAAGAGACACAAUCGUAAGUCCCAGGACUCUUGGUCCCCCCGGCUUCCAGGAAACCUCUGGGGAAGGCCUCCAGCACCCUUGCCCCGUCUGUGGGGAAGGCUUUUGGAAGAACCUCUCAGAGCAGCACCAGGGGAGCCAGAAGGACCCACCACACAGGGCCUGGAAUCAGUUCCGCAAACAAACCGACGCACAACAGCCGCUGAGCAUCCCUCGGGGCCAGAAGCACUUCCGCUGUCCAGAAUGUGGGCGGGGCUUCCGCCGGAAGUCGUGUUUGCUUAGACCCCUGGCAGUCCACCCCGAGGAGAAGGCCUUCCCAGUGCCCCGGCUGCGACGGGAGAGGCCCGGCUCCAGGAGAGAGGGUGCCGGGGCCGCCUCCGAGCAGGCUGAGCUCCCGCGCUUGGGAGAGAAGCCGGGCCUGAGCCCGGCUGGCGAGGAACGCCCGGAGGCUCUCGAGCCCGGCCCCGGCGCGGAGAGGCCGGCCUCCUGCGGCCCGUGCGGCCGGCGCUCCUCCCCGCAGUGCGGGCUUCCAGACCACACCCACGUGCACAGCGCAGAGCGGCCCUUCCGGUGCGCCGAGUGCGGCUGGGCCUCCCGCCAGCACGGGCGGCUGCGGCUCCACCGGCGGCUGCACUCAGACGAGCAGCCUUGCUUCCGGCUGAGGAGGCACGGCGGCGAGAGGCUGCUCUCCUGCGGCGAGUGCGGCCGCGGCUUCGCCCACCCGUGCAAGCUGCGCGAGCACCUGCGGGUGCACAGCGGAGAGCGGCCCUUCGGCUGCCCUGAGUGCGGCAAGAGCUUCCACUUGAAGGGCAUCCUGAAGGCGCAGGAGCGCACGCACAGCCGCGAGCGGCCCUUCCAGUGCGCGGAGUGCGGCAAGGGCUUCACACGGCCGUCCAAACUGGCCGAGCACUUCCGCGUGCACAGCGGCGAGCGGCCCUUCGGCUGCCCCGACUGCGGCCGCUGCUUCCGUCUCAAGGGGCAGCUGCGGAGCCACCAGCGCCUGCACACGGGGGAGAGGCCGUUCCCGUGCCCCGACUGCGGCAAGAGCUACUGCGUGAAGGCCGACAUGAAGGCGCACCGGCUGCUGCACGGCGGCCGGAUGCCCUUCUCCUGCGAGUGUGGCAAAGGCUUCGCCAAGGAGUCCAAGCUCGUGGAGCACAUCAGGACGCACACAGGCGAGAAGCCCUUUCAGUGUUCCCAGUGCGACAAGAGCUUCCGCUUGAAGGCGCAGCUGCUCAGCCACCAGGGCCUGCACACCGGUGAGAGGCCUUUCCGCUACCCCGAGUGCGAUAAAAACUUCCGGGAAAGGGGCCACAUGCUUCGGCACCAGCGCAUCCACAGGCCCGGCAGGCCGUUCGCUUGUGCAGACUGCGGCAAGGCCUUCAUUUAUAAGUCGAAAUUGGCCGAACACAUCAGAGUGCACACGAAGUCCUGUCGUGCCCCCAGUGAGCCUGACGUUAAGCAAAGGCUCAGCCAACUGUUUGCGAUGAUUGAGGCCGACUGGAUUUGAGGCCGAGUUCGGCGCCCAAAGCGGUCAGCAGAGUCGGUAUUGCCAGGGAGUCCACAGCCAGCGCAGCCAAACCCAAAAUCUGGUAAGACAGAUGGAAGGAACAGGGGCCCUUUUUUGAGCAAGAAUGUGAUACAGGUUAGGCAUGUGAGAAACCACAAAGAUUCUCAUUUAAAACAUCACCAGCUGUGUUUUCUAUCCAUUGAUAGAAAACAGUGGAUAGAAACAAUAGAUAGGUUUGUUCUUCCCACCGUAUUAACGGGUGAUUUUCCCCAAAGUGCUAAUAAGCUAACUCUGAAAUCCCAGCUUGAAUUUAGACAGCAGGAAAUCCCUCCAGUACUGUUCUCAAAGCUAAAAGGAUGGGGUGACUGUUAAAUGUCAACUCUUCUUUUUUUCAUAGUAUGAUGAUAAGCAGGGGGUUUAACCCAGCGACUUUUGUUGCAGGCCUGAUAUGAUAGGAUUUGGUUUUGACUUAUUUGAAGCUAAUAGCAACAAAAUGAGUUCUCCGACUCAUGGUUUGUCUAUGUGAAUGCUGAAGUUUCACAGCAGGUUUCAUAGUGAUUAUGCAUGGUUACCCUUAAGGAAAAGCUGAUAAUUCAAGCAAAAUUUGAUUAAUCUGGGUUGAAAAAAAUAAAACCAAAGGUGCUAAGUUGAA